CGCAGAUACAUGGGGAGAGGUAAAGAUGGGGAAGGAAGAAGACAGCCCGAAGUUCCUCUCUCGUUUCGCUUUCCAGAUCCGAUGAAACAAACAAGAACACAGAAUUAAUUCAUCCCCUGUUCUUAUCUAAAAUUAAAACCCUUAUGGAUUCUUCAUUCAUUUAUCUGCCUUUCUAAUUCCGUAAUCCCAUUUUGUCUUUUUGUUUUCCUCUGAUCCUUGUUAGAUUUUUCUUUAACCAUGUCGACGAGAGGGAGCAGAUCGGAGAAGGUGAACAGGAUAUUUCAGAAAUUCGACGCUAACCGUGAUGGGGGUCUCAAUAGGGACGAAAUGGCUGCGCUUGUCGUGGCUGUUAACCCUAGGGUCAAAUUCAGCGAUGAACAGAUCAAUGCGAUUCUUGACGAGGUGUUUCGGACGUACGGGAAUUUUAUUCAGGGCGAUGAGGGUUUAACUUUUGAGGGGUUGUUGAGGACUUAUGAUGAUGGCGCUGGAGAUGUGGACCGUGACUUCGACGCGCUUGAAUUGGAUAUUAAUAAUAAGGGAAUUUUGGUGACUUCAGAGGCUUCGUCUUCUUCAAUUGCCGACGAGCGUGCUUUGGAGUCCCAGAAGAAGCAGAGAACUGCAGCGUGGGCAUUGUCGCCGAAUCAUGGCAUUGUGUUUGACGAUAGUUGGAAGAUCGUCGAUGAUUUGGAGAUUUUAAUCAAAAGAUUGAAGGCCAAGCAGGCUAAGGAUGGGAAAUUGAAGGCGGACAAUUUGGAUGCCCACUCUGAUGCAGGCUGGUCCAGAGAAUUAGGGCCGUCUUCGGAGCUUUCAGAGAAGAGGGUUUUCUGGGAAGAGUCCGGCCAUGACUAUGUUUCGUUUCUCAAGGAAUUAGAGGCGUUGAGAACUCGAGCAGAUCGUGCGCGAUCCAGAGAUGAGGCUUUUGAUGGGCAUAUGGUAAUUGGUAGGGUUUUGUAUGAGCACCAGCUGUUUAAGGAGGCUCUGGUUAGCUUCAACAGGGCUUGUGAACUGCUACCUACCGACGUGAAGCCUCAUUUUAGAGCUGGGAAUUGUUUCUAUGUUCUUGGAAAGUAUAAGGAAGCCAAGGAAGAGUUUCUGUUGGCAGUGGAAGCGGCGGAGGCCGGCGGAAAUCAGUGGGGAUAUUUGCUUCCACAAAUUUACGUGAAUCUUGGAAUUGCACUUGAAGGUGAGGGUAUGGUGUUAAGUGCUUGUGAAUACUAUAGAGAAGCUGCAAUUCUGUGUCCCACACAUUUUAGAGCUUUGAAGCUUUUGGGGAGUGCUUUAUUUGGGGUAGGGGAGUAUAGGGCCGCUGUAAAGGCUUUGGAAGAGGCCAUAUUCAUGAAACCGGAUUAUGCUGAUGCGCACUGUGAUUUAGCCUCGGCUUUGCAUGCAAUGGGGGAAGAUGAGAGAGGGAUUGAAGUGUUUCAGAAGGCAAUUGACUUGAAACCUGACCAUGUAGAUGCUUUGUAUAAUUUGGGUGGGCUUUACAUGGACUUGGGUAGGUUCCAGAGAGCUUCAGAAAUGUAUACAAGAGUUUUAGCUGUGUGGCCUAACCAUUGGCGGGCGCAGCUCAACAAAGCUGUGUCCUUGUUAGGUGCUGGUGAAACAGAGGACGGUAAGAAGGCCUUAAAGGAAGCCUUGAAAAUGACAAACAGGGUGGAGUUACAUGAUGCAAUAUUGCAUUUGAAGCAGCUGCAGAAAAAGAAGUUGAAAGCUAAUGGCAGUGCAAAUGGAGAGGGGUCUUUUGUAGUUGUGGAACCCUCAAAGUUUAUGAUCAUUGGAGGGAAGACUGUUUCGAGACCGGAGUUGUCGAAUGCUCUUGUAAUUAGAAAUUUUCAGAAGAUUACCCGAAUGAAUCGUUGUGAUGUGGAGCUUAUAAAGAAGGAAAUCAGUGAACAUGAUGUGCCAGUGUCGUAUUCAGGUAGUGGUGUGCCUGAGAGGUCCAUACGCAAGCCUAAGUUAGAAGAAAUUCUUCGUAGAUUAUUGAAUUUCUUAAAGCCAGAGACGUUCCAAGGAGCUGUCAAAGGCGUAAACGAGAGGAUACUCUCUGUGUUGGAUGAGUCAGGCUCAGGAAGGGUGGACUUGGGGCUGUUUUUUGCCGUUCUUGCUCCCAUUUGCAAUGGCCCCCCUGAAAAGAGAAAGCGGGUGGCAUACGACGCCCUUGUAUGGCGACAUGUAAACGAGGGCGGUACUCAGAUUAGAAAACUUGAUGCAGUUAAGUAUAUCAAAUUGUUGAGGACUAUAUAUGUUCCUAUCGAAGGAUCGAGCGAAAUUGUGGAAGUCCAUGGCCACACAGAUAAUUCUAUCGUGUCUUUCACAGAGUUUCUCGUCAUGUUUGAUGACCCAGACCGGGGUUUUGGUAUCAUGUCCACCAUGUUAAAGCUAGAAACAGGGGACAGAAAUCGGCAUGGAAAUCACGUAUGCUCAGUUUGCCGAUAUCCUAUCAUCGGUUCUCGAUUCAAGGAGAUGAAAUCACAUUUUAGCUUGUGUAAUCAGUGCUAUAGCGAGGGGAAGGUGCCCCCUUCAUGCAAGCAAGAAGCAUACAGAUUUAAAGAGUAUGGGAGUGAGGGUGAAGCAGUUAAGGACAAAUGUUUCUGCUUUACAAUGCAAUCUCAUGACGAUUCUUAGCUUAGAUUAGGUGUUGGGAGUCAAUUAUAUAGCUUGGAGUGUGUGCAGUGGGCGUUUUGCCCUUUGUAUAAUAAGCUCUCAUAUAUUUUAUUUGUUUAUCGCAGCCUAUCUGCUUGUUAUGUGAUGGAAAGUGAUGAUCGUAGAUUCCACUGUUAUAUACGACUUGGGUUUUGUUCAAUGGGCAAGGAGGAGCCCUCCAAAGAAAUAUUAUUCUUCUA